AUGGAGCCUCCGAAAUCUUCCAAAAUCGUUGUUUUCGGAAGUGUCGUUCAGGAUUUGAUCAGGUUCGUGACAUAGUUUUUCUAUGCGGAAUUUAUAUAAAAACCUCCGAUUUUUGAAGGUUCGAUGACAAGAAAUAUUUGAGACUUUUUAUUGCAGUUACACGGAUCGUUUCCCGAAGCCUGGGGAGUCUAUCCGAGGAAAUGCUUUUUUCGCGGGUUCUGGAGGCAAAGGAGCCAAUCAGGCAGUCGCCUCCGCCAAACUCGGGGCCGAUGUCCAUCUUAUUGCCAAGGUUUUUCUUUUGAUGACAUUAUUUUUUUUGAUUGAGCGGUUUUCAGUGUUGCUGAUUGAGGUUUAGGAUCUAAAGGAGAGGUUAUUUUUUGAAGGUUGGGGACGACAUGUUCGGAGAGAUGAACCUGAAAAAUCUGACCAAAGAAGGGGUCAACGUCGACGCCGUGACUAAAUCUGAAAACUCGCAGACAGCAACGGCCACCAUCACUGUCGAUGGCGAAGGUUAGCAAAGAUCUCAACAAAUGUCCUGCCAACGGCCCGGAAAUGAUAAUUUUUGGUGUCGCAGAAAGUCUCCUUUUCUUUAUUUCGAGAAUCCAGCCAAUAAAAUAGGGAUGGGAAGUAAGGUUUUCAAAUCAAUACUGGCAAUCUAAGUAGAAAUUAAAGCUGAUAUAUGACCAAUUAAAAAUUUGGAUCUGAAAAAAUUACGAAAAGACUCAAUUCAGGUGAAAACAGCAUAGUCGUGUUUCUGGGGGCGAACAUGGAGAUGACGGCGGAUGUGGUCGAAAAAAACAAGGAACUGAUCUCUUCUGCCGGCGUUGUUGUGGCUCAAUCAGAAGUGCCGAGGGAAGGAAACUACGAAAUGUUCCAAUACGCCAAAGAACAUAACGGUUCAUCCUUUUUUUGGGUUUUUCUCCCAAAAUUCUUAUUUUUCCAGUUACAACGAUUCUCAACCCCGCUCCUGCAGAUCCAAAAAUCGAUAAAAGAACCUUCAGUCUCAUUGAUAUUAUAUGCACUAAUGAAAAUGAGGUUCGCUACUUAAAAUUCCUUUUUUGUUCACAUCCUUUUGCAGGCUGAAAUGAUCACCGGAAUCAAGCAAAAAGAUGUUGAAACAGCCAAAAAGGCCGCAGAAGCAAUGUUAGAAUUCGGGUGUAAAAUCGUGAUUAUCACUCUUGGUUCCAAAGGUUCGUUAAUGAGCUGUAGAAUAAUAAUCGGAAAUAAGCUUGUUUCAGGCAUUGUCACAGUCUCCCAGGACACUCCUGUUGAGGUUAUUCCUGUGAACAAAACUAAAGCCGUUGAUACGACGGUACGAUCUUCUCUUUUACUUUUCUAUUAACAGAAAAUUCCUUCUUUUUAGGGCGCUGGAGACUGUUUCGUGGGUUCGCUGGCCGCAUUCAUCGCUCGCGGAAUCGAAUGGCGCGAAGCUAUCAAAUGCGCAGCCAACCUGGCUUCCCUCUCAGUUACCCGCAAAGGAACACAAGCGUCUUACUGGAAUUUGGAAGAAAUUCGUCAAAAAAACAUUCUGAUUUUUUUUACCCCAUAAAUUUUGAAAUUCUAUUUGAAAAAAAUAAUUUGUAAUAAAUUUCGAAAUGAUUCGUUCCUACCGUUUUGUACCACUGUAUUUCUUAUUCCAAAAUCGACUGAAAAUUUAUUCUGUGAUAUCCUAUCUUGCAAGAAAGUUAUCACACGGAAGUGAUUCAGGAAGAAUCAGAAACAAAAAAAUAUUUUCAGGAAUUCCGCUUGCACAGUAAAUGUUUUUGUUACUUUAGACUCCAAAGUGUACGCACGCUUCAGCUGGGGCGCGUUUUUCCGCUUGAGAAAUAUUAUGAAAUUUUCAUUUUUGUACCAUUUUAUGUUCAUUAUAAUAUAUCCAUAUUUUAAUAUUAAGCGGUUAAAAAAAUAUAGGUGAAGAUGGCUAGGGAGCUCUCAACUAUUAGCUAGGUGCAGUCUUUAAAGACCAGAGCGCUUUUAUUAUUAAUUUUUUUUCUUUGUAGUUCUUGUGUCAAAAAAGCUGAUCUAUAUAAGAUUUAGUUCUCAAAAACUCCUUCGCACCAGUUCAUUUUUUUUUUUAGAAAUGGCCAGUACCUCUGCUAAUACAGAUACCGUUAUUGAAGAAGAUGCUGCCGAAAUUCGAUUCCCCAAAGGUAGUUUUCAAUUUGGAUAAUAUCAAAAUAGAAACUUCAAUCAGAGUUCGAAGUGAGCAACUGUGACGCUCUACUCACGUCGGAAGUGUUCCUUUUACUGGAACAUCGCAGACAACAAAGUGAACAAAAAGACGACAUCGAAGAAAUGAGCGAGGUUUUUUCAGUUUUCGUUAAAUCGCAAACCGCUACUCCCUGACGUCAUUUCAUGACACCAUUCGUAGCACAAGAAAUAAGCGUAAUCGAAAUAUUGGGCCAUAUAUUCAUUUUAUUCACGUGAGCAUGCAGAUUAUUAUUAUCUCAUUUCAUUCCGUCGACUGGUCGCUCUCAUUGCCGCUCUCUCAUGGGAUAAUAUUCCGACGCCCGUCAGCCCUGGACAAGCUGGGCGCCGUACUGUUCCAACAUGGUGAAGCAGUUUAUUCGCUGGUACUACCAACGGGCCAACAUUAUUUCCCAACGCUAGCUGUCACUCCGGGACGUAUUGGACAACGAUUGUGGACCGUGACCCGCGCCGACGACUAACUCUUCGAGUAUACCAUGAUUCAGCAGAGAUUUUCUUCAUCUUACUUUGAAGACUGAAUAAAUUGAAUUGAAUUGAAAUUGAAAUUGAAAAAAUUGAAGAAUGGGAAAAGCCUGAAUUGCGCCUUUGCAUUAAAACUGCGCCUACAGGUUCAUGCAUUACUUAAGAAAAUAGGCUUAGUUUUAAGGCUUCACACGGAGGCGGAGCGCGCAUAGCGCGAAGCCGACUGUGGCUCGCUUCGAAAAAACUGAGCCACAGUGAAAAAAUUCGUCAAAUAAAUGAAUACUUGACAUAAAAGGCAUUUAGUUUCAAAACGUGGACACUAAUAACACUAUCAGGUAGCUCCAAAUGAUUUGCAAACUUGAUACGCGUAGCGAAAAAAUCUGUGAAAUGUAUUUUCCAAAAAAAAAGAAAAAAAAAAAUAAAGGAGCAUACUGUGCGUAAGCGUGGGCCUCGACGCCUUGGAUUAUUCCAAACCUUUAAAAGGUUUCUAAAAAAAGUAAGAAAAAUAGAAGAAUAAAAAAAGUUUCCAAUCAAAAGGGGAUUUUCAAGUGUGAUAUCUUUCUGUUUCUCAUGUGACCGGAAAAAUUUUCACGUCGAAUCUAAUUUUAUAAAUUGAAACGUAAAAAAUGAAUAAAAUGAUAUGGCUGCGUGUGCGAAUUUGCAAAUGAAGAUGAUGUCAUAGGGAUGGCGUCAGGGAGUAGCGGUUUGCGAUUUAACGCGAAGUGGUUUUUUUCUCACGGGACAGACCUUUUUAUUCAGAAUUUUUAUUAAGGUUUUCAUCAAGACUCUGAGCUACGCUAGACGCCUUUCUCGUUUCAAGAAUCGCGAGACGAUCCGCGCCGUUCGCGCGAUUUUCGCAGAAAAAAACUUUCACAAGUUUGAAGUGGCUCAGAUCGCUAACCUCUGCCCGGAAUCUGCCGAAGAAGCCAAGGUUUUUUGAGUUGUUUUAUUUUCAUCCCUGUACUUUUUAGGCUUUGAUCCCUUCGCUGGAGAAUAAGAUCGAGGACGCCGAGUUGGAUGAGAUUCUCAAAGAAGUUCAGGCCAAACGCACGUUCCAAUAAUUCAACUUUUAAUAACUUUUCGAUGUUUUUAUUUUUACUUUUCCAAUGAACCGUUCUGAUGAAGUUGUCUUUUUCCAUUUAUUGCGACAACAGUUUUUCUGGCUCACGUUAUACUUAAGCUUUUGAAUCUAGAACUAGGUGUUUGUAAGGAUUUCAGAAUGGGAGGCUGGAAGUUAGAAUCGGCGAGGUUCCUUAUCAUGGUCGGUUUUCCAGUCGGCGCGUUUUGGCUGUUCAAUCAGCCUAAAAUAUUCAAAGAAUUUGUCAGUUUCUUUUGAUUUCACUGGCCUCAUCUUGGAUAUUUCCAGAUGAAAGGCUACAAAGUUCCAGAUAGUUCAUCUGGAGACAAAGCUAUCGCCGAUUUUAAGGUAUCAAAUGAGAAAUAGAUUAUCAUUACAGAAUUUUUGCAGGAGCAAUUGCUCGCCCAAAAGCGCAAAGACGAGUAUGAAAGUUUCUUGAGAGAACAGAUGGCUUUUGAGGAGGCCAAGAAAAUUCGAGCUCAGCACGGAAUUUGA